AUGACCGCCCAAGAGAGCUUCGAGACCAUCCAGUCCAAGUUUGACACCUUCCACGUCGGCAUCCACACCAACGUAGGUGGCAACAUGGCGAAUCUUCCAGAUUCAACCCUUGACCCAGUCUUCUGGUUACACCACGGCGUGGUGGAUUUUAUGUUCACCUUUUGGCAGGCCUGGCAGCACAACAACGAGCAGACUCAUCCAACGUGUCGAAGUUGCAGCACAUGCAACCAACCCAUGACUUACUACGGCGUUCCGAGAACUGAGUGGAUGGGCCGCUGGAACUCUGAACUCAACUGCGUGGAGGUACCAUGCUCGAACCCAGUUGCCUGCAUCGGCUACGAUGGCUACAUUGAGCCAGGAGUCUGGAACCCACCGGCGCCGCCUCCACCGCCACCAAGGCCUCACCGCUGGCAGCGGCGAUGGCACUCAUGGCUCCAGAACGAGACCAAGCAAGAGCCAGGUGCGGAGUCUCUGGUUGAAGGCAACGUCGCCGCGUUCCAGCCAAACAUGCAGGUGCGGCCCGUUAUCAUUGAAGCUCCCAAUGGGCACAGAAUCGUGGAGUCUGCGAGCCGUGCAACAUUCGGGUCAACGGAGCGUUUGGAGCAGAUGGAGUGCGAGGAGACCUUCAACAAGAUUCAGAAGGGCACCUGUAGUUUGGGCGAGAUCUCUAAACAUGUGGUGCUCACGGCGAAACAGGACAUGCAGCUGGCACGCACGCAGUGUGCAGACUUCUUCGGAACACUUCGGGGGAUGGUGCCCGAAAGCACUGUGGAGAGGAGGAUCUCAGAGUGCUGGAAAGCCGCGGAAGUCAUCGAGAAGGUCCAGAACAUGUUCAGGUACAAGGAGCCCGAAUCGGAGGCUGAAAAGUUGUACGGCAUCGCCUGCAGAGCCGCGAACUUGCGUAAGCAGCUUGGACAGUUUGAGCCGCGCGGCCUUAUGCGAGACGACCUCAAAAGUGUAGGUUGCAUCUCCGCCUGGGAAGUGCAGAAUGCCGGCUUGGGUACUCGGUUGCGUGCGAAGAGAAGCCGAGGCGGCGUGCGCAAGCGUUUACAACUAGUCUCCACCCAUAAGGCCGGGCAGAUUUUACAGUAUGCUAUUGGACCCACGUACUUGAUUGGACAAGCUCUGCGCCUCUUGCCAGACAGCCCUGGCUGGGCCUGGUUUGCAGCAUGGGCUCUUCUACUCUUUGUGAAUGUGGUGUGUAUGGUGCCUCUGUGGCAGGCCAUUUGCGCAGCCUCCGGCCUCAUGUUCGGCCUUUGGGGUGGAACGGCCCUGAACUUCUUGGGACUUUAUGCAGCAGCGGCGGUGAGCACGGUGCUGGGCCGCUUCUUGCUGCAGGAGCCAAUUCGAGGCUGGCUUGAUGAAGGGAACUUUCCGACUGCAAAAAGGGCUCUGCAAGUGCUGGAAGAUGAUGAUGACUCUUUGGAAUUCCAAGUACUUUUUCGCUUUCUGUUCAUCCCUAUAUGGCUUCGAAACUAUGGGCCCGCAACCCUCCACAUACCUGUCUGGAAACUGCUGCUGGCUGCCGUCCCUCACACACUCUGGGUCUCCUUCAUCAUGGCCUCGCUGGGGUUGUCCUUGCAAGAUGCGAACGACCUCGUGAACCAGGGUGAGGAGAUAAGGAUCUGGGAUGCAAAGUGGCAGCACCUGGCUAUGUUCCUGGUCUCCUGCGUGAUGUCGUUGCUGAUGUCCUGGUACUCUUAUCGGAAGUAUGCUGAGAUGAUGGCUGGUGAGGGAAAGCCCUUCAGCGAAAGUCAGCGACGAGAGCCUUGA